GCUCUGGGGCCGCGGGCCGGCGCCGCCUCCCGGGAAGAUGGCGCUGCACUUCCAGAGUUUGGCAGAAUUGGAAGUAUUAUGUACUCAUCUCUACAUAGGGACUGAUCUUACACAAAGAAUAGAGGCUGAGAAAGCACUCCUAGAACUUAUUGACAGCCCAGAAUGUCUCAGCAAGUGUCAACUUCUAUUAGAACAAGGAACAACAUCCUAUGCUCAGCUCCUUGCAGCCACAUGUCUUUCAAAACUUGUUAGCCGAGUCAGUCCUUUGCCAGUGGAACAGAGAAUAGAUAUCAGAAACUACAUUCUUAAUUAUGUGGCAUCACAACCCAAGCUGGCUCCCUUUGUCAUCCAAGCCCUUAUUCAAGUCAUUGCUAAAAUAACUAAAUUGGGAUGGUUUGAAGUUCAAAAAGACCAGCUUGUCUUCAGAGAAAUUAUUGCUGAUGUGAAGACAUUUCUUCAGGGUACCGUGGAACACUGUAUAAUAGGAGUAAUAAUCCUUUCAGAAUUGACUCAAGAAAUGAACCUGGUUGAUUAUUCUAGACCUUCAGCAAAACACAGGAAAAUAGCUACCUCGUUUCGUGACACUUCUCUCAAAGACAUCUUAGUGCUAGCAUGCUCUCUUCUAAAAGAGGUGUUGGCCAAACCUUUAAAUCUUCAGGAUGAAGGUCAACAAAACCUAGUAAUGCAGGUCUUGAAACUGGUCCUCAACUGCCUUAACUUCGACUUCAUUGGCAGUUCAGCAGAUGAAUCUGCAGAUGAUCUUUGCACAGUGCAGAUCCCAACAACCUGGAGAACAAUUUUUCUGGAACCAGAAACAUUGGAUCUUUUCUUCAAUUUGUAUCAUUCACUUCCACCACUACUAUCUCAGUUAGCACUUUCAUGUUUAGUUCAGUUUGCUUCUACUAGAAGGUCCUUAUUCAGCAGUCCUGAACGUGCCAAGUACCUUGGUAAUUUAAUUAAGGGAGUAAAACGGAUACUUGAAAACCCUCAGGGUUUGUCUGAUCCAGGUAAUUACCAUGAAUUUUGUCGAUUUUUGGCUCGUUUGAAGACAAAUUAUCAGCUGGGAGAGUUAGUUAUGGUGAAGGAGUAUCCUGAAGUUAUCAGAUUGAUUGCUAAUUUUACCAUUACUAGCCUACAGCAUUGGGAAUUUGCUCCCAACAGUGUUCAUUAUUUAUUAACUCUGUGGCAAAGGAUGGUAGCUUCAGUUCCUUUUGUGAAAUCAACUGAACCCCACUUAUUAGACACUUAUGCACCAGAAAUCACGAAGGCCUUUAUCACUUCUCGGUUGGAAUCUGUUGCCAUAGUUGUGAGAGAUAAUUUAGAUGAUCCACUGGAUGAUACUGCCACUGUCUUUCAGCAGUUGGAGCAGCUAUGCACUGUCAGCAGAUGUGAAUAUGAGAAGACAUGCUCUCUUCUUGUACAGCUGUUUGACCAAAAUGCACAGAAUUACCAAAAGCUUCUGCAUUCUGCUUCUGGGGUAACGGUGGACAUGGCAGUUCAGGAAGGACGUCUUGCAUGGCUGGUAUACUUAGUUGGGACAGUUGUUGGAGGAAGAUUAACAUAUACCAGUACAGACGAACAUGAUGCUAUGGAUGGAGAAUUAUCCUGUCGAGUUUUUCAGCUUAUAUCAUUAAUGGAUACUGGAUUGCCUCAGUGUUCUAAUGAGAAAAUAGAGCUUGCAAUUCUGUGGUUCUUGGAUCAGUUUCGUAAAACAUAUGUUGGUGACCAACUUCAAAGAACCUCAAAGGUAUAUGCCCGGAUGUCAGAAGUACUAGGAAUAACAGAUGACAACCACGUUCUAGAAACAUUCAUGACGAAAAUUGUUACAAACCUUAAAUACUGGGGAAGAUGUGAGCCUGUAAUUUCGAGGACUCUUCAGUUCCUAAAUGACCUUUCUGUUGGCUAUAUCCUUUUAAAAAAACUGGUGAAGAUAGAUGCUGUGAAAUUCAUGCUAAAGAAUCACACGAGUGAACACUUCCCCUUCCUCGGCAUCAGUGACAGUGACAGGCUCAGUGACUUCAGGUGCCGAACCACCUUCUACACAGCCCUCACCCGCCUUCUGAUGGUAGAUCUAGGCGAAGAUGAGGACGAAUUUGAGAAUUUCAUGCUGCCUCUUACAGUCUCUUUUGAAACAGUAUUACAGAUAUUCAACAACAACUUUAAACAAGAAGAUGUGAAGCGUAUGUUGAUCGGGCUGGCAAGAGAUCUUCGAGGGAUUGCCUUUGCACUGAACACAAAGACCAGCUACACCAUGCUGUUUGACUGGAUGUACCCAACAUAUCUUCCCAUUCUGCAGAGGGCUAUUGAGCAGUGGUAUGGAGAGCCAGCAUGUACCACUCCCAUCUUAAAGCUCUUGGCAGAACUGAUGCAAAACAGAUCCCAGCGUUUGAAUUUUGAUGUAUCGUCUCCUAAUGGAAUCCUUCUCUUCAGAGAAGCUAGUAAAAUGAUUUGCACUUAUGGUAAUCAGAUCCUGUCCCUCGGGAGCCUCUCAAAAGAUCAGAUUUAUCCAAUGAAACUCAAGGGCAUCUCCAUCUGCUAUUCGGCUCUCAAAUCUGCCUUGUGUGGAAAUUAUGUCAGCUUUGGCGUCUUCAAGUUGUAUGGGGACAACCAUUUUGACAAUGUACUCCAGGCCUUUGUCAAAAUGCUGCUGUCGGUGUCCCACAGCGACUUGCUACAAUAUCGGAAACUGAGCCAGUCUUACUACCCACUCCUGGAAUGUCUCACCCAGGACCACAUGAGCUUCAUCACCAACUUGGAGCCUCCAGUGCUCCUGUAUGUUCUCACAUCUAUCUCAGAGGGGCUCACUGCUCUGGAUACAGUUGUCUCCUCCAGCUGCUGUACCAGUUUGGACUACAUCGUCACCUACCUCUUCAAGCACAUAGCAAAAGAGGGCAAGAAGCCACUCCGCUGCAGAGAGGCCACCCAGGCCGGCCAGAGGCUGUUACUUUUCAUGCAGCAGAACCCGGAUGUCCUGCAGCAGAUGAUGUCUGUCCUCAUGAACACCAUUGUCUUCGAAGACUGCCGGAACCAGUGGUCAGUCUCCAGGCCUCUCCUGGGCCUCAUCCUGCUCCAUGAGAAGCAUUUCGGCGAGCUGAGGGCAGGCCUGAUCAACAGCCAGCCUCUCCCCAAGCAGGAGGCCCUGGCCCAGUGCUUCAGGAGCCUGAUGGAAGGGGUGGAGCAGAACCUGUCCGUCAAGAACAGAGACAGGUUCACCCAGAACCUGUCCGUGUUCAGAAGAGACGUGGCAGAGGCCCUGCGCAGCGACGGCAGCGCCGACCCGUGCAGUCUGGACAUGAUGAGCUGACACGUGCCGAGAGCCUGUACCAAGAGACUGUGGUCUGGGCCGCGGACAGCAAUGCUGGCUAGCCCAGGGAAAUCUAUUUUUCAAAGCAAGCAACAACAAAAGCCCUACCUUUUUAUAAGUCUGGCCUGAUUAUAAGAAUUUAUAUAGUGCACAAUGUAAAUUCAUUCUUCGCUCUGAAAAAGCAAAA